AUGCCUAAUUUGACGGACACGAACACUCAGAUUCAAGCGAUCCUCGCUCGGGAGUCGUUAGAAGAGUAUCGUAGGGACUACCCUGACCGACCGUUGAGCAAGGAUGGAAUGCGAGGAUUUACUAUAAACUUAUUGGAUUUCGAGCUUGUCUUCGAAUAUACCACCUCAGAGCCCAAGCUUCAUCUAUACGUGAAACGUUUCAGCAUCGCAUGGGACAAAAGCAGGUUCAAGGGGCCGCCACAGGGCAAGAUUAUCAGAAGAAAGCCCGAGGUGUAUCAGUUGAUGCGAUCUGCCUCUCAAAAGGCCAAGUCUCGGGAGACUGCCGGCACAGAUAGUGCGGUAAAUGACCGCUCCGAUGAUUCGAUCAAGUCUCAGGACGGUGAAACGGAUGGAGUGAACGACUCCCAAAAUCAGUUAAUGUCACAGAUGCCCCCAAAGCAACCAGUGGAGCUAAUUGCCGGUGCCUUUGCAACUGCGAAGAUGCUUCUGGGUUCCUUGAAACCCUCUGCCAGGCCGGCGCAAGACUCACAACCAAAAAAAAUUAAUGAGACGAAUGUUGUUGCCUUAAAAAGGGAUCGUCUUGCUCUUGAAGAGACAACAGAACAGCCUAAUAUUAACCGUUGCGCUGGGCAUAUAGAUGAGCUAUCCGCAAGCUUCCUAGUGGCUGAACCUUCGGGCCAGAACGGCAAUGCAACCGUCAAAGUACCUGAUCAAACUGAUGCCGACACGACUGGUGAAUUACCAUCUAAGACCGGAAGUGGCACAGCGUCUUUCAACACUGAAACAGAGGAGAGAGCCUUGACAGAUUAUACCAAAGAUUCAGACCACGAACUGAAUAAAGAGGAAGUCCCUAGCCGGAUUGUUCAGAAAGUUCCUCUGGAACAAGUUGAUUCAGCUGCGGAGACCCUUCCCACGGAUAUUUCUACCAGCAAUGCAGACCCUUGGGAUGGCAUGACAGAGAUUCGGAAAGAAGAUGUUACGAUACCCAAGGAUCAGGCAAAGCUACUAGAUGAGCAGGCCAAGCUUUGCUGGCUGUCACCAGCCCCUGGCCAGGGCUAUCCGCAACCCAACGUGCCGCCUUUACUCCUACAGCAAUGGAAUGAUAUUGCGUUGCAAAGAAGUCUUCGGGCAGAAGAACGUCGGAACAAGGAGCUGGAGAACUUGGAGCUUCAUGGAUCCCGUCCAAGCUCAUCAGCUGCUACCAGCUCCUCCGACUCGGCCUAUGAGACCCCAAGCGGCGAUCGGAUCGAAUGGUCUCAAUCUCCACCGCGGGGUCAGAACCUACCUGCGGACAGUAGCCCGUCCGAGGCGAGACCGGUACAAAGGCCAACUAUGAAUAAAAGGGAUGGAGGAAAUGGUUCGUUGAAUCAGCCACCCCAUGAUGUGGAGGAGGAACGACAGACAAAUGUUCAUCAAGAAAUAUCGCAUGAACAGGAGGAGCUUGAACCUUUGCCAAGAGGUGUGCGAGAGUCCCCCAAAUCUAUUGCACUUCCUGCCGAACUGCGUCUACAAGUUAGCGGGGAGUCUCUUCCUGAGCUUGACGACAGUGACAAUCGAGUUCCCCUGCAAGAACCCCAAGUUGAGUUUGACCGGAUGAGUGAGGACUCGGUGAUGGAUACGUCUGUUCCCCGUCCGCUGGGAGUAGACCCGAGUCAAUCAGAGCAAGAAAUUGACAGCUCAGAACCAUCGCUCCCGGGUUUGUCCACUCAGGUUCAAGUGCAGGUCAUGGAAACUCCUGCUGCACAUCUUGUUCGAUUCCGUCAGUUUACUCAAAGCACAGGCGGUGCUAGCCAGGAGUCGCAACAGCCAGAGCAGCCAUCGUUCCAGGCCGCAAAAUCCUCUUCUCAAUCACGAAUUUGCAAUACCUAUCGCAGCAAUGACGAGGCGAAGGAUCACACAUCCCAGGACAUGUCGAAUCCAACACAACCGCAUGGGACUGCCGAAUCCAGCGAUGUCAAUAUAAUGGAGACACAGCUCAGCGGUGGGGAGUGGUCAUUUCCAGGCACGACUCCCUCGAAUUCUGCCCAUGUGCUGAACUCUUCCGGACCAAGGGACCGUGAGCCGAGCGUAUUCAUCACUGCAUCCCCGGGCCAGGCAGAAGAGUCAUCGAAUCCAUUUUCUUCAUAUCGAGAGGCUCCCUCUUUUACGCAGACUGACGAUGGAAAUGGAACAUCAACCGACUUUCCCAGCCCCACGCAAGUUACCCCUACUAGGCAUCGAAUGUCUCCGUUGAAACGAGGCGCAUCUGAAAUGGACAUCGAACGAAGUCCUCCUUCUAAAAGGCCAAAGAUUGCGUGGAGCGAAGGCGGCGACUCUGUCCAAGGGCUUGCGUCCAAAGUAAUUUCGCGCCGAGAAACCUACAUCAAUCGCUCCGCGGAGCACGCUGAGGCACAGAAAGUCUACGAGAAGUUUCGGAGUGACUACCCCGACUAUAAUGGCGACUUCCACCAUUUCGCGAUGUUGUGUUCCAAAUUGCAGGCUCUGCGGGCUAAAGGACAUUUCAGAAGGUCGUUUCUCUGGGAUGAUUUUGUUAUCAUGCACUUGCAGGAAUAUGAACGUUACCUCAAUCAACGCGCGGCAGCUGACGUUAAGACACUGGAGUAUGAAGAAUUCUUCGCUUCCUACAUCUUGAGGCCAUCUUACAAAAAGCGCAGUCUCACAACGAAAGGGAUUGAAAUAUCUGCUGCGCAGCAUAAUCCUUCGACCGCCGCCGGCGUUCCAGCAAUCCCGCGGCAUGAAACAAACACUUCAUUCACCGGCAGCCUUGUGGAUAGAUUCUCCAACUUCCACACACACUCCUUUGGGCCUGAGACUCCAGGCUCACGGUCUGCAGCCACGGUUGAUCAACUAACGUCGAGCCCCUCGCCAGCUCCUCUGAAACGGCCGAGUCGCGACACAUCCGCAAAAAGCCGACGCAUGGACGAGGAACCACUAGCGAUGGAGUUGGCACCUAUCGAAGUCACCCGUCCACAUAAUCCUACUCCCAGCUCACCGUCCGAAGCGAUGGUUGAUCGACUGGAGCGGAGCCCCGCGCGUGGUUCUUGGAGCAAAUCGAAUCGCGACACAUUCGAAAGAGGCUACCGCAUGGUCGAGGAACCACAAGAUACGGAGGUGACGCCUAGAGUCACCCGCUCACAUAACCUUGUCCAUGACAUUCCCAACCAAACAAACCCUUCACUGGCUAGGACGUCUCUGGAACCACAGGUACCUACUGGGGUUCCUCCUUCGUCAGACGUCAAUCGCGAAGAUGAUGACGGGCGCAGCAUUCCGGAAAGCGACCCCAACAACGACGAAGUCGAUGAGGGCUUGAUGGACGAAUCCCACGAGAUUGCUAGCUUCGAACUUGGCGAUGACGGAUCUUCCACCGCUCCAGCGGCAGAUCACUCCGACGCAGGAUCCGACGCAGUGAGCGAGGCCGACAGUUUUGACGAAGACUGGGUAGGAUGGCACUGCCGCCGACUUCAAAGCACAGGGCCGUUUUGGUCCGACGAUCCCAACACGCCAUUCAAGGUAUUGGCCCGAGCCGACGCGAACGUGAGGUCUGAGCUACUGCGCCGUGGGAUGGCCCAUUUACCUGUCGACGAGAGAGGAGUCAUCCAACCGCUAGUUGACUAUCCGCCAGUCGUUUCAUUGCAUGAUUUGCUGGACGGGCCUGCUCCCAGUCCCAGGCGUCCCUCAGAUGAACCGCAAAGUUGA